GCGGCGCGAGGGCGCGGGGCGGUCUCAGGAGUGAUGGCGAGCGCUGCCCAGCUGGGCCCGGCUGAUGAGGUCCCGGCCAACGGAGUGGUCCGGCCGGCCACGGGUCGGGGAGGUGCGGCGGCGGCCCUGGUGGAGCGCAGCUCGAGCCCCGGCGGCCUGGCCCUGCUGAGCCCCUACCACACCCACCGGGCGGGGGACCCCCUAGACCUCGUGGCGCUCGCACAGCAGGUGCAGAAGGCUGACGAAUUCAUCCGAGCGAAUGCGACCAACAAACUGAUGGUCAUAGCUGAGCAAAUCCAACAUUUACAAGAACAAGCUAGGAAGGUAUUGGAAGAUGCUCACAGGGAUGCUGACUUGCACCAUGUAGCUUGUAAUAUAGUAAAAAAACCUGGCAACAUUUACUACCUUUAUAAACGGGAGAGUGGUCAACAGUAUUUUUCUAUUAUUUCUCCAAAGGAAUGGGGUACAAGUUGUCCACAUGACUUCCUUGGUGCCUACAAGCUACAACAUGACUUGUCUUGGACUCCAUAUGAGGACAUUGAGAAGCAUGAUGCUAAAAUCAACAUAGUGGACAAGUUGCUAAGCCAGCCAGCGGCCCUGCCUCCAAGCACUGAACCCACUUUCCAGGGACUGACUCAGGAGAGUGGGCUCUGAUAAACAGCUCCCAUGACAAGGACCUGUCACCUCUUUGUUGGCCUCUUUCUCUGCCUUGAUGGGAGGUGGCCUGAGAAUUGAGGUGUUGUGGGUGAAUCAUGAACUUCUUGAAAAGAGACCUUGUGUGGGGUGCCUGGGUGGCUUAGUGGGUUAAGCGUCUGCCUUUGGUGCGUACUCUCUCUCUCUGUCUCUCUCUCUCUCUCCCUGCCCCUCUCCCUUCCUCUCUCUCUCCCUCCAUCCCUCCCCCUCUCUCCUCUCUCUCUCUAUCUUUCUCUCUCAAAGUCUUAAAAACAAAGAAAAGAGAUGUUGUGUGAAUAUAAAUGCUGCUGUUCUUACUUUUAGUUAGGAUGGUAGUGAAUCAUAUCAGUCUCGGGAUCCUCUCUGGGUCACAGGUACCCAGUCAGUCACUUUCAGAGUAUUGGCCGCUUUCCUUUUCCUUUAUAUCCAUCUGUUCUCCCACAAGUCAGAGCAUUAGGGAAAGAAGAGUUUCUUCCCAUGUAAAGGUUGAUGAGGCAUUUUCCAGAGAGGACUGUUUUUCAUCUUACUGUACCCGGCAAUGUUUGAGAUUGGGUUGAGGUUGAACAUAGUGGGUUAAAAAGAGGCAAACCGUGAGAGGGGCCCUUAACUGUAGAGAACAAGCUGAGGGUCGCUGGAGGAGAGGUGGGUAGGAGAUGGGCCAGAUGGGUGGCGGGGAUUAAGGACCACACUUGUUGCGAUGAGCACUGGGUGUUGUACGUAAGUGAUAAAUCACUAAAUUCUACUUUUUUUUUUAAACAUAUUUUUUAAAAAAAGAUUUUUAUUUAUUUACUCCUGAGAAACGCAGAGAGAGAGAAGCAGAGACACAGAGGGAGAAGCAGGCUCCGCAAGGAUCGACGUGGGACUCGAUCCCGGGACUCCGGGAUCACACCCUGGGCCAAAGGCAGACGCUGAACCGCUGAGCCACCCGGGCUGCCCUAAAUUCUACUUUUGAAACCAGUAUUGCAUUAUAUUUUAACUAAGUAGGAUUUAAACUAAAACAUAAAAAAAAAGAAAAAAAAAAAAGAUUGGGUUGAGGCUAGUGUAGUUCCAGCUUCAGAGGCAUCUGGGAAUAGGAAUGUUGGGUAAUGGAGGAUGACGAACCACUUGGUUUGGCUAGACCAGGAUUGUGCAAUUAGGGUAUUUUGCACUUUGGGUGAGGUUUGGCCUGCCUCUUGCUCCUUCUCCCUCGCUUGAGUGACUGGAGAAUCUGAGGCAGCAGCAGUAGGCAGGUUUGGGGAAGGUCGACCUAUGAACUUAGAGGAUUCUAGACUUGGAAGAGCUGUGAGAGGCUGCCACUGCCCACCGCCUGAGUCUACUCUCGCUGCACCGAGGACGAGAGCCACAGGUUGGCCAUCUGCAGCAGGCCAAAUCCAUCUAAACCGCAGCUUUAAAAUCUCGUGGGAGAGAGAAUAGUGGGUGAGAAACAAGAACAACAGUCAACCUGUUGACUCAGUUAACUCAGAUUAAAACUCUUUGACCUGAA